AUGGGCCAGGGCUACUCGCUGACGACGCCGUCGGCGGGGUCGGCCGGCAUCGACGUCCCCGAGCUCGGCGACCUCGUCUACGAGAAGUCCAUUGGCAUCGCGCGCUUUAUGAAGAGCAUCCGCGCCCGGCACCACGACGGCGUCGUCCUCGUCAAGGUGCUCGUCAAGCCUUAUACGCCCAUGACGCUGGCUGUCUACCGCGACCGGCUCGUGCGCGAACGGCGCAUCCUGGCGGACGUGCCCAACGCGCUCGCGUACCAGCGCAUCGUCGAGACGGACACCAACGGGUUUCUGGUGCGGCAGUUUCUGUACAACUCGCUCUACGACCGCAUGAGCACGCGGCCUUUUUUGGAGGACAUUGAAAAGAAGUGGCUCGCGUUCCAGCUGCUGUGCGCGCUGCGCGACUGCCACGCGCGCGACGUGUACCACGGCGACAUCAAGACGGAGAACGUGCUGGUGACGUCGUGGAACUGGCUGUACCUGACGGACUUUUCGUCGGCGUUCAAGCCGGUGCUGCUGCCCGACGACAACCCGGCGGACUUUUCGUAUUUUUUCGACACGUCGGGGCGGCGGACGUGCUACCUGGCGCCGGAGCGGUUUGUGCCGUCGGCGACCGCCACAGCAGCGGCGGCAGCCGAGGGGGGCGAGGCUGACGAUGCCGAGGAGGACAGUCCGGUUUUGGACGAUGACGACGACGACAACGACAACGACAACGGCGAGCACGAGCACGAGCACGAGCACGACCACACCAGACAACCACAUAGACAACCACACAGACACCGCGGCCGUCGACGCCGUGCUGCACCGCCGGGCACGCCGCCGAACCGCAUCACAUGGGCCAUGGACGUGUUCAGCGCGGGCUGCGUCAUCGCGGAGCUCGUGCUGGAGUCGCCCAUUUUCAGCCUGAGCCAGCUGUUCCGGUACCGCCGCGGCGAGUACGACCCAUCGGUGGCGCACCUCGGCCGCAUCCAGGACCGCGACCUCGCCGACAUGAUUGCGCACAUGAUCCAGCUCGACCCGCAGAAGCGGUACGCGGCCGAGGAGUACCUCGACUUUUACCGUGGCAAGGUGUUCCCCGACUACUUUUACUCUUUCUUGCACCAGUACAUGGAGGUCAUCACGGACCCGGUGGCGGCGCACUUUUCGGCGUCGGGCGCGUCGCGCAACCUGGGCGAGGCGGACGAGCGCAUCGACCGCGUGUUUUACGACUUUGACAAGAUAUCCUACUUUUUGGGGUUCCAGGACGACGCUGCGGCGGGGGCGGCAACAACAACAACAACAACGACAGACGAGUCCAGCAUGGCAACACGGGCACCCCGCCUGGGCCUCGGCCUGUUCCCUGUGCGCCUCAGCAUUCCCACCAAAGAGCACAGUGUUCGCGCCGGCGCCGAGCCCACGGCGGACAACGGCGCGCUCAUCUUCCUGACGCUCAUCGUGGCGUCGAUCCGCAACACGGCGCGGGCGGCGUCCAAGAUCCGCGCGUGCGACGUGCUGCUGGCGUUUGCCGAGCGGCUGACGGACGAGGCCAAGCUGGACCGCGUGCUGCCGUACCUGAUGGCGCUGCUCAACGACCGCGCCGAGAUGGUGGUGGUGGCGGCGGUGCGGUCCGUGACGCAGCUGCUGGCGCUCGUGCGCACAGUCAGCCCCGUCAACGCGCACGUGUUUUUGGAGUAUAUAUUGCCGCGCAUGCAGGCGGCGCUCCUGGGCAGCGCGACGACGACGGCCAGCGGACGCGAGGCCAGCCCGGUGGUGCGCGCGACGUACGCGGCGUGUCUGGGCACGCUGGCGACGACGGCCCGCCGGUUCCUGGAGAUGGCGGCGCGGGUCGACCGCAUGGUGGGCGUGACGGACGGCGACGCCGACGUGGAGGGGCCCACGGCGGCUCUGCCAGCGCUCUCUCCUGCCGGCCGGAGGAGCAGCGACGACAACAGCGACGACCACAUGGACGACGGCCUGUUUGACGCGGCGCAGCGCGAGCUGGUCGACCUGUUUGAGCUGCACACCAAGGCGCUCAUCGAGGACGCCGACCCCUAUGUGCGGCGCGCGUUCCUCACGUCGGUGCCGGCGCUGUGCCUGUUUUUCGGGGCGGCCGACGCCAACGACAUCAUCGUGACGCACCUCAACACGUACCUCAACGACCGCGACUGGAUGCUCAAGUGCGCGUUUUUCGACACGAUUGUCGGCGUGGCCACGUUCCUGGGCAGCGCGUCGCUCGAGGCCUUCAUCCUGCCGCUCAUGGUGCAGGCCCUCGCCGACCCCGAGGAGCACGUCGUGCAGGCCGUGCUGCAGGCGCUGGCCGAGCUGGCCGACGUCGGGCUCUUUGCGAAGCCCGUGGUCUGGGAGCUGGUCGAGGCCACGGCGCGCUUUGCCGUGCAUCCCAACCUGUGGAUCCGCGAAGCGGCCGCGCGGUUCCUGGCCGCGGCCACCAAGUUCCUGUCGCCGGCACAGAUCCGCUGUCUCUUCCUGCCGCUUGUGGCGCCCUACCUCAAGCCGCCGGGCCUCCUGCUCCCUCCGUUUUCGAGCUCUUCGAGUCUUUCGAGUUCAUCCCGUUUGUCCGGUGCCGGCGCGUCGUCGCCCGAGCUGGUGUUGCUGGACCACCUCCAACGGCCGCUGUCGCGCGCCGUGUUCGACCAGGCCGUCAACUGGGCCAUGAAGGCUGACCGCGGCGCGUUCUGGAAGCCCGUGCAGAAUCUGCGGGGGUUCCCGUUUGGCAUGUCGGCGUCAGCGUCGUUUCCGUCACCCGCAGCAGCGGCGGCGGCGGCAGCGACGGCAGGAACAGCGACAGGUGGUCUGGGGGGCGCGGGCGGGUCUGGCGGUGGCCAUGCGACCGGCCGGUUCGUGGUCCCGCGCGCGCUGAGCAAGGUGGCGCGCAACGAAGAGGACGAGCAGUGGAUCAACCGGCUGCGCAACCUGGGCCUCGCGACGGACGACGAGUUCAAGCUGCUGGCGCUGCGCGAAUUCAUCUGGCGCCUGAGCCGGCGCAAGAUGCACGAGCAGCACGCGUAUGCGGACGGCCCGGCGUCUGGGGGCGACCCCAACCUCAACAACAUUGUGCCGCUGCGCAGCCUGGGCAUCACGCCGCAGACGGUCCUCUUUGACGAGGAGCCGCAGAAACAAACCCACCUGGCCGUCCCACCGCCGCCGCCUGCUGCCACCCUCCCCACCAACAACAACACGCGUCUCCCUGGCGAGUCGCCCCGCUCGAUCGAGGACGCCCUGCACGACGCGUCCAUGACGAUUGACGACCCGGUGGCCAAGCGCCGGCGGGCCGCCCUCAAUGUGCACCGCAACCGGCUGGGCCACCACGACCACCACGACCACCGCCACGGCAGUGGAGCGUCGCCCUCGCCGGCCGUGCGGGACGGCUACUUGACGGCCGCCUCGCCGACGACGACAGGCAGCAGCCGCACCAACAGUCCACAGCGGGCCGUGGCCGGGUCGCCCACCACAGGGGUCGGCGACGACGACGCGGCGUCUCUGCGGUCGCUGCAGGUGGCGCUGUCGCCGCCGGUGAGCAACGGCGGUGGUGUUGGUGUUGCGAGCGCUCCCGGACCCGCAUCGUCGUUGCGCCACCGGCCCAGCGCCAUUUCCCUGCUGAACCGCAAAGACAGCGCCGCGCACAAGAGCAGCAAGAGCGGCGCGGCCGAGACGACGACGACGGAAGCCAAUGCCUUUGGGCAGGUCGAGGGCCGUUCGGCGUUCAGCGGCCGCGUGGCGUCGCGGUCGCCCGUGCCGUCCGACGACCCGAGCGCGAGCGAGCAGGAGCAGGAUGAGCUGGGGUCGCCAGCGGCGGCGGCGGCAUCGUCGGGAUUGGCCGCCAGCGGCAGCCGGUACCGCGCGCACCACACGUACAGCGGAAACGACCCGAGCGUGCUGCGGAUGCUGGACGCCAUGUUUGUGGACAACUACCCGCACGACGUGGCCGAGUUUAGCCCCCUGGUGACGCCCCUGUCGCGCAAGAAGGCGACCGCCGCGGCGCCCACGGCGUCGUCGACCAACAGCAGCAGCGGCGGGAGACGCGCGGCGGCCGACGUGUGGCGGCCCGCGGGCCGGAUGGUGGCGACGUUUUCGGAGCACGCGGGGGCCAUCAACCGCGUCGUGGUGUCGCCGGACCACGCGUUUUUCCUGACGGGCGGCGACGACGGCACGGUGCGCGUCUGGGACACGCAGCGGCUCGAGCGCAACAUUGCGCACCGGUCGCGGCAGGUGCACCGCCACGCGCCGGGCGCCCGCGUGCUGGCGCUCUGCUUCAUUGAGAACACGCACUGCUUCAUCAGCUGCGCGAGCGACGGCAGCGUCCACGUGGUCAAGGUCGAGUACGCGGUGCCGUCGGCGGCGUCGUCGGCAGCAGCGCCGUCGUCGACAUCCGCGCCGUCGACAUCGGCUCCCAGCAGCAGCAGCAGCAGCAUGCCGCGCUACAGCCGGCUGCGGCUGCUGCGCGAGUACCAGCUGCCGCGCGGCGAGUGGGCCGUCUGGUGCGACCACUUCAAGCAGGAGGCCAGCUCGGUGCUCGUGCUGGCGACCAACCGGUCGCGCGUCCUGGGCAUCGACCUGCGCACCAUGACGCUGCUGUUUGCGCUGGCCAACCCGGUGCACCACGGCACGCCGACGUGCUUUGCCGUGGACCGCAAGCGCAACUGGCUCGUGGUGGCGACGUCGCACGGGGUGCUGGACCUCUGGGACCUGCGGUUCAAGAUGCGGCUCAAGGGGUGGGGGAUUUCCGGCGGCGCGGCCGGCGCCAGUGCGGCCACGGGCGGCGGCACGGCGGCGUCGCCCAUCUACCGCCUGGCGGUCCACCCGUCCAAGGGCCGCGGCAAGUGGCUGUGCGUCGCCGGCGGCACGGGCCAGGGCGGCGAGGUGACGGUGUGGGACCUCGAGAAGACGCUCUGCCGGGAGGUGUACCGAACGGGGGCGGCCGCCGCCGCUUCCACGUCCAGCACGGCCACCAAGAACCUGUACGAGCCCUGGGACGUCGACGAAGACCGGCCCGAGGGCAUGCUGGGCCGGUUUGCCACGAGCAUCGACCCGGCCACCGUGGCCAACGGGGGGACCCCCGCGGCAGCGGCAGCGGCGACGGCAGCGGGUGUCGCGCCAGGCACAACCGGCGACAAGGGCGUGCGCGCCAUGGUGGCCGGGUCGUCCCCGGUCGACGAUCAGAGGGAUGUGCGGCACGCGUUUCUUGUGACGGGCGGCAGCGACCGGAAGCUGCGGUUCUGGGACCUGUGGCGGAUCGAGAACAGCACGGUGUACAGCGGCCAGGACGAAGGGGGGAUUGGGGCGCAUGGUGGUGGCGCCGGAGGGAAUGCGAGCACGGCGGCCCACGCGGCCCACGCGGCCGGCCGCUCGACGUUUACCGCCACGCAGGUCACGACCGCCAUGGCCGUCAACACCGAACGCCCGCCGCGGUCAGCCGGCGGGGCGGGCGGCGUGGCCAUGACGCCAAGCAGCUCGAGCAAAGGACGCAGCACGGGUGGUGCUGCUGCGACGGGUGGCGGGACCACAACAGCCGCCACUGUCGCCGCCGACGCCGUUCCCCGGCUGUCGCGCGCGACCGUCAUUGCCGCGCAGCAACAGCAGCUGCUGCGCAGCCACCUGGACGCCAUCACGGACGUGGCGCUGCUGGAGAGUCCGUACAUGGCGACGGUGUCGGUGGACCGCAUGGGCGUGAUUUUUGUAUUGUCUUGA